CCCAGGCCCAAGUAAGAACAUAUGUCACUUGGCGCAAGGGCAGACGCCUCACAAGACUGUGGGAUUCAGGUCAUUGCCCGUCAAGGUCCUCCUGGCUUAUAUUGCCUCGCUGCGCCAAACUUUGCUCCUCGCGGGUGCCCUGUUACUAAUGACUCAACUUACCAAGUGAAACCGGGUAUUAAACUCUCUCCAUUCUCCUCGUAUCCUCCUCGCCUCUUCUCACUUCCUCGCUUUUACCUGAUCGACCGUACGGAAGCCCAAAGCAACAUGGCCCCCACCAGGUUUUCCGCCGACCUACGAAACAUCGGACGAGGCACCUGCGGCAGCGUGUUCGAGAUCCCAGAAACUGCCUAUGCCGUCAAGAAAGGUGCUGAUGCGGAUGCUAUAUGGAACGACUUCAACUUGACAAACUACGCCUACAACAGCUAUCUCGCUUGGGCCGGCUUGCUCAAAGAGAGCUUCCCACAGCGUCGUGCGCCACGCGUUCCUAUGGCACAGUAUUUCGUCGGGCCCGAGGCUGAAGAUUUCUGGAAUGCCAAUCUCACACGGUUCCCCGACGGAGACCGGACGAGAGCUGCGGCUUUCCACGUCGACCGCAUUCUUCCUGUGGAUAGACCAACGCGUCAGGCUCUUGUCGCCCAGUUCUUCCGGCACGAGGUCCAGCUAGAUGUGUUGAACGAUCCCUCGAACCACGAUUGUCUCAUUCGCGUCUAUUUGGGCAAGAACAACCCGAACGAGAAACCCUACGAUACGACCGACACACUGCGGAAUUUUCCACUCUACCUUGACCAGGCGAAGACAAUGGCGCUCGAUAUCGACGGUUAUGCAGAGGAGAUGGCAUUAGGACUCGCGAUUCUACACUGGCAAGCACAAAUUGAUGCACAAGACACCGAGUUUGUUAUAGGCCGGCCGGCGAGCAAGAUAUUUGGGACCGUGGACCAUGGAUCUAUCAGGCGUCCAAUAUCCACCACAGACGACUCCACGCUACGAGAACCCCAGCUGUGGAUGCUGGACUACGACAAAUGCUCCAGGGUCGAUCUAGAUUCGAAGGAUACAUUGUCACAGGUGGCCACGAAAUACCUUGUCGCAGUCACCGGAAACGAUCCUUACUACCCACAUCCUCGUCUCGAUCCCGACCUGUGGCGGCAUUUCCGCAAAACCUACCUCCGAGCCAGCGAAAUCAUCAUCAGAACCCGGCCACGCUUGAAAGGGUCUGUGGCAAAGCUCCCGGCGAUGCUGAUAGAGCAGUGGGAGCAAUGGGGGGAUGAGGACAUCGAAGCAGAGGAGUUCGACCCAUUUGAGAGGAAUUCUGGAGACGAGAAAGUGGAAAAUGAGUCAGAGGCGAAUGAUACUGAGGGGGAAGAGGACGAUUCUGAGAAGGACGAUGAUCCAGACGACACUUCAGAAGGCGAGGAAUGAGGACGUGGAUUGUGUGGCUUGAAGACGACAGCCAAUCAGAUGGACGGCAACCCGAACUCACGAAUCGGGAAUGAUAUUGUGGGGUAUACGAUUGGUGGAGCCUUGCGUGUCCAACGCCCACCCUGAUAUCCUGCCUUGCAUGUUGGUACGACCUCUCCUCUGUUUGUGGGACUGCAAUGGCUGCAAGCUUCAUUUCCAGAGCCACUUUGAUCGAAUAUCAGGCCAUUAGAGGGUAGCUGGAUUGCAUGGGUGCCUGAGACAAAGCAUCCUAGGAAAUGCUAUAAGAGAG